AUGAACAAUUCCGAAGUAGAUGAAGUGGAGGAGGAGAUAUUCUUACGAAGUGUGCAAUUUAAUGCACUGCUCAUUCAACAUUAUUACAUGAACUAUGUUCAUAAAACUCCUUGCAUGGUAUCUUCUCAAACAGGUAAUAAGUGGAUAAUGGAAGUAUUACAAGGGAAUGACAGUCGGUGUUACAAUGCAUUUAGAAUGCAAAAGGAAGUAUUUUAUCGUUUAUGUAGUGAUUUGGAAGUUCAAUUUGGGGUGUUGGGUUCAAACAGAACAAGUCAUAUUGAAGUUAUGGGAAUGCUAUUGUGGUGCCUAGGACAGGGAUGUGGAAUUAGGUCAGUAGCAGAACGAUUUCAACAUUCUAAUGAAACCGUUUCUAGAUAUUUAGGAAAAGCACUAGAUCAUGUGUGUAGACUAGGUAAACAUAUAAUGAGGCCUUCGGAGAAUGAAUUUAAUGGUGUUGCACCGGAGAUCAUGAGGGAUAAUAGAUACAUGCCUCAUUUUAAGGAUUGCGUCGGCGCUAUCGACGGAGUGCAUAUUCCCGCUUCUAUAGCUCCUGAAAAACAAAUACCGUACAUUGGUAGAAAAGGAAUACCAACACAAAAUGUUAUGGCGGCAUGUAAUUUCAAUAUGCAAUUUCAAUAUGCAAUUUAUCUAUGUAUGUGCGGGAUGGGAAGGGUCUGCUCAUGA